AUGACAUCCGUCGUUACCCACGGAGAAAAGACUCCCAGUCUACCGAGAACAUAUUCAGUACCGCAGAUUCGGCACGCGGGUAGGGCGCACGUGCGGGGGAAAAUCCGUCGCGUUUGGCGACACCGGUAUCUGGAAUUGUGGGACAACGGGCUCGUGCGGUAUUACGAACUUCCGUCGGCCCGGACGAACGAAGGGAACUUCGGCUCUUCCUCGACAACAGCUGAGAGCCCCCAUCCGGAGGACGCCCAACACCCACACCGUCGCGUGCAGAAGUAUACCUUGGCGAUUUAUCACGCUCGCAUUCUCGACGUUACCACCUUACGAGAUAUUCACGUGGGAUUGCCGAGGGGCAGUUUCGGCUUUUUGUUUCGGGGACAAAGACUUUUGCAUUUGGAAACCGACGAGGAGGAUGAACAAGAAGAUGCCAUAGUAGACGCUUUGGACGAUCCUUCUGGGACCACCACGAUGCGUACGUUGGAGGCACAAUCGCAGUCUUACCACCAGCAGCAACACCAACAUCAUCAUAGCCUCUCGGCACUUGCCCUCCUCUCCACGCCAUCCAUCAUGAUGCCUACCCGUCGACACAACAAACUCACUGCUUCGUGUCAAGGCGAAACACCCAAAGAACAACGGGACUUUCUGUGCGCCGUGAGUAGUUUGGAAGAAGCACAAUCCUGGGUGGUCGCCCUCCAGUGGGCCUCCACGCAACAGCAACACCAACGGGGACUCGUGUCGGAACCGUGGUGGCUUUCUCCGUCUCCUACGGGAACCCCUACGGACACUCGCUCUGUUUCUACCACCGCCUUGACCACCGCCCACAGCACCCCUGCUAAUACCAGAAAGGGUGCCGAGCCCGAGCUUCCGAUCGUCGUCGAUGACUUUGACGAUGACACUUCGUCGUGGGAAAUUCACGACACGCCCAAAGUGUGGACGCUGGAUGGUUCGGCAAGCAGUCCAUCUUCCCCACGGAACAGUCCCGCACGCACGACAAAUGCGGUUGCUAUAUCCACCGUUCCGCCACUUUCCCCCACCACGACUGGCACUACUAACGCUAGUGUCUCCACGGCAAUUCCGGGCCACCGUUCUGCCCACAAAGCUACCCAUGCCAUCGCGCCUUCUUCAUCGCCAUCCAAAGGCAAAGUCGUCGUUACCAAAGUAACCACCUUUCGUAUGGUGCGUCUCUUGGGAAUGUUGAAAUUCGAAGUGGCCUACGAAAUUCACGGACUACUUCUGAAAUCCGUUGUGGUUCACGAUUCCGCCGAAACUGCCACGCCUUGGCAAGCAGAGUCGUGGGUUUUAUUGCGAACGGCCGACGAUUUUCAAACACUCCUGAGCGAUUUAUGCCAAGAACUUGGACCAUCCCUCUUGGAUCAGGUACAGCUGGAGCCAAUUCGAAAGUUGCCGCGCUAUCGGCAGUUUCCGUCCUUCCGGACCGUGCAAUCUUCACUAUCGACGGUGGACAGUAUUUUGCGCAGUCUCGUGAUGGAUGCAAGUAUGGUUAACGCAAAGGCCAUGAAGAAGUUUUUGGGCAUCGGAACAACCACCGGAGCGGCGGACCAGACAAACACGUUUUCGUCCGACUCUUUCUUGCGACGCUUUUGGCAAGCUCACGCUUCCCAGUCUACUUUGCAAAAUAAAACUCGCACGUUGCGUCCUCGUACACGCACGGACCAAUACGUGAAAUCCUGGUUGCAGUCCUGUCGCAGUGAUCCGUCGAUAUGGGAUGUCUACGCGGUGCGUUGGCUACGACGGCCUUGGUGGCUCGUGAGUGGUAUUGGCGUCACGGCGGCCAGCAUUGUACCUCUGGCACGGUGGUGGCAACGCGCUAUACCUGUAUUGGCGGUGCGGCUGGAUGUACUUGUGGUGUCUUGGCUGGGGGCCGCCUACUUUGGCCGUUGGGUCCUUUUGAUUCCCGGCACAGAACGGUCUGCCGUGAACACCAUACUUUCUAACCGAUCGGCAACAACCACUCCCCAAAAAACCGCCAAAUCAGUGUCGGCUACAACAGGUGAUACACAAUCCAAGACAGCAAUUACAAAGAUACCGAACGCUUUGAUCGAAUCCCAGCAAAUGCAGUUGGAGGGGGACAAUUUUGUGGAUUCUGCUUCGGCAUUGGAUGAGAUAGACUACGAUGGGGAAGAAUCGGAAGGGGAAGAAGCGAGUGGACUACCGGAUACUUUAGAUGUAUCGUUCAACGAAGGUUUGCUAUCGUCUCCACUGCCGCAAUAUCCACGAAACGACGGGGUUUCGUGCUGGAGUCAACCUCCGUACGGCAUUUUUCAUGUCCGGGGGAAUACGUACUUGCAAGAUCGCGUCAAAGUACCUUCCGGUCCCGCACCGUUGACUUGUCGGGGAGUCGACGUUUGGAUGACGGACAAUCCGGAACGACACAUCGCUCGACACCCAGCGGUAUUGGGAGGUAAGCUCGGUGAACACGACACAUUUUUGGUCAAUUUUCUGCUGCCCUUUGGCAACUUUGUCGCGUAUUUUAGUAUCCCCCCUUUGGACAAAUUUCCCGACAAGCUACGCCAAGUUUGGCUUAAUUUUCUCAAAGGCGACCAGCAGUAUCGAGAUGCGCGUCUUAAGCUGUUGCCUAUCGUUAUUGAAGGUCCGUGGAUUGUCAAGACGGCCGUCGGUCCGGGAAAGUCCCCAGCCCUGUUAGGGAAAGUAAUACCGUUGCAGUACUUUUUCCGCGAUCCGGAGCCGGGGGGCCGCAAGGGAGUGUACGAAGUGGACGUAAUAAUUACGGCAUCCACCAUUGCGAAAGGAAUUUUGAGUGUCGUCAGGGGGCACACUAAAGCGGUAACGAUUGGAUUCGCGUUUAUCAUAGAAGCUUCGAAGCAAGAGGAAUUGCCCGAAACCGUACUGUGUUCCUUUCAGGUACACUCGUUGCAUUUGGAAGAUUGUCCCCUUUUACCCGUAUGCAAUUUGGAUAAGGUGAACGAUAGUGUGCUAACUGUAAGAUAA